AUGCAAGUAGAAGAUAACUAAAUAAGAAGACCAUUGAAUUUUAGGUAGUAAAGACCUAAGACAGCUAUUUUAAUGAAAUAAUUUAGGGUAGCUGGUUAUCGCCCUAAAACUCCUCUUAUUUGUUGUUAGAUUUCAAGAGCUGAUUGCACAUGCUGCAAUUAACUAGUAUAUUCUAAUUCAAUCAUGUGUCUAGAUGAUGCUUAGCUCAAAUAAGAUGCUUAAAAAUCUUCAUAUUAUUAAACUGGUAAAAAACUAUCUGCUUAAAAGGAGGAUUUAAAAAGAGUUAUAAGAAGCGGAAGUAAAAAUAGACUUCACAGAGAGUUGAUGUCAUAGUAAGGUAAAAGACUAGAUCCAUAUGAAUUUAUCAAUUAAAAAUAUGAAGAGAUAAUGCAGGAAUACGAGGAAGAAAAGAAGACACCUGAAUAAGAUAACAAAUUGCAAGCCUUUUUGGAAUUCGAUUUAUUGAAAGAUUAAACUAAUUUUCCUAAUACUUUCUAACUAACUUAAAAUCAAGAAUACAAUAAAUCAAGGCCGCAGAGUUAAAGAAAUAAUAAAAAUGAAUUUUAUUACUAAUUUGCAAAUUAAAAUAAAAAGCAAAAAUAGAACCAGUAGGAAAUGUCUUCUGUAAUUAUUUCGAAAGUAGUUGAUGUUAAGAAGUUGGAAGAUAACAUGUAUUAUAGUCCCAGAGAUAAAGCAAUAAAAUAGAUAUUAAGUAAUGCUAAAUCCAAAUAAGGAAUACAAGAAACAUAAGAAGUUUUUAGCUAUUAUGCAAAUAACUACUUUUUAAUAAACUAAAAAAUAGAAAAAAAUCGUCCUUAGCCAAAAAACUAAGAGGCAAGUUCUAGUUCAAUUUAAAAAUUAAAUACUUAAAAUGACAGCCAAUUAAAUUAAUUGCCUAUUUUAAUGGAAUUAGAAAAUUAGGAUUAUGAUUAAACUAAAAAGAAACAAACUAUACUAGGAAGUUUAAUUAAUAAAAAUAAAACUCAAUAAAUUACCUAAGAACCUAGAGUAGAAAAUCCAUAAAAGGUGUUUUCAUUAAUACCUAAUCUAUCCCCGAAAUCUUCAUUCUAAAAUUAAGAAAAUGCUUACGAAAAGCGUGCUAAUAUUAAGUAAAAGUAGCCAAACUAUUUUAUGUAGCAUAUGAAGCAAAUAAAAAGAGAUUAAAAUAUGGAUACUAAAAAGCAAGUGAAUUCAAUUUAGAGAAAGAAUUCUAUCUCAACUCCUUAAAAAUAACAAAGUAUUUCACAUAGAAGCUAAUAAUAAUUAUCAACAACUAAUAAAGAAACAAGCAGGGGUAAUAUAUUACUCACAACAAAUGAAACUCUUAAAACAGAAGAGGACUAUUUGACAACACCAUCAAAAUAAAAUAAAAGACAGUAUCUAAACGAUUUUAUCAGAUCUCCUUAUUCUACAGAAUUUCCUUUAAAAGCUGUAGAUAACAAUCUCAUGUUCAAUCAGCAUUCACCCUCAAUAGAUUAUCUACAGCAGAGUUACUUAAAAAAAGCAAUAUCUAGCUAUAGAGAUUUUAAUUCUUAAAAAACAUGGAGAAUUUCUACACAAUAUGAUGAAUAAAAUGAAAGGGCAAACCCUUAAAUGAUACAAUAGCAGUAAUUAAAACAAUAAUAGGAAAUUGUUAAAUGGAAUAGAAUGCUAAAAAAAGUUAGUGUAAAUGGUUUAAUGCAAUCAUCUAACUUACUUAAAAAAGGAAAUUAAUAAAGCAACUAAGGAAGCUUGACUUCAAGAGAAUAAAAAAGAGUUUCGUUUAAAUGA